GUGCAUUGUAAUGUUUCUCUUACACCAAGUAGAGGCGAAAUUUAGAUAUGGAAGCUUUAGCGUGAAUCUGGGAAUUAAUCACAAUAAGUACUUAAAAAUAUAUAUACACAAUAGAAAUAUUGCUGAAAUUUACAUUUGUUGCAAAUGGCUAAGUUAAUUGCUGUAUGUAGAGACGAUGAAUACCGAUUUGAACGCAGACAAAUUCCACUAAUGAUAGAAGAGUCUUUGACGAUGGUUAUGGAAAUUCCUGAAACUAUUAUUUCUGCUGAGUAUGUCAGUGCAGCUGAUGUAGCACACUUUUUUAAAAGACACAGUUGCUUAACACAAUCAGAGAUGAACAAAGCGUUAAUGGUUGGUCAAAAAGAUUUAAUUGCAUUGCUAGCUGUCUCUGUUCCUUGUGUUGGAUGUAGAAGAAGCGUUGAAAGGCUUUACAAUCAGCUUUGGAAAUCAAGACAGCCUGCUAUUGAACCACUUGUGAUUACAGCAACUGGAAUUUUAACAUUGACAGAAGGUUUUCUUGUUGAUGCUAAACUAAUUUAUGCAUUAUUCUACAUUCAUGGAUCACAUUUAAAUGAUGUUGUUGAUACAAUUCCAAAGAGUCGUCGUAACAGGCGCUGUAUAUUACACUCAUUGGAAACACAUAAAACUAGAGCUUCUGGAAGCUGGAUAGAUGUCUGGGAUUUACUUUCGCAAGAGUGCCGGGAUGAGGUUGUUUUAAUUGAUGCAGACUCUCUACUGGAUACAUUGGAUAAUUAUCUUCGCAAACACAGAUUCUGUUCAGAAUGCAAAUCAAAGGUUUUGAAGGCAUAUAGUAUAUUAUCUGGAGACAUAGAUGGAGAUUCAGAAAAAGGCUAUUGUGCUGCAUUAUAUGAAGGAUUAAAAAGUUGCCCUAAAGAGAGACAUAUUCAUGUAGUAUGCGAUACAGAUUUUAUAGCGCAUUUGAUUGGAAGAGCUGAACCAGAAUUAGCUGGUGGCAGAAGGGAACGGCAUGCUAGAACAAUUGAUAUAGCUCAAGAGGAGGUUUUGACUUGUCUUGGGAUACAUUUAUGGGAAAGAUUGCAUAGGUUGUGGCAGAAGCUGCGAGCUGAAGAACAAACAUGGCAAAUGCUUUUUUACUUGGGCGUGGAAGCUUUGCGCAAAAGUUUUGAGACAGCAGUCGAAGAAAAGCAAGGUGUAUCACAGUUAGAACUUGUUGUAGAAGAAAUAUCUGAAGCUGAGCGAGCUAAGGAGCAACGAAAGGAAAAUAAAAGAAUGAAGAAAAAAAAGAGAAAAGAAAAUAAAGCUAAACUCAAUGAGGACAAAAUACAUGAGUUGCAGGAGGAAGAAAAACAGUUAACUCAAGACGACGAUGAGUUGAGUGAAAAUGAUGAAAAAAUAUGUAAUGGAGUUGAUGGCUCUGAAUCAUUAGACGGAAGCGAAAAGUCAAGUUGUGGAUCCCAAAUUAGCCCUCGUAAAACUGAUGAAGAGGAUGAAAACUUGCUAGAAAAAAAGUUUUCAUGCUCACCCUGUCAUGUUUCAAAUGUAAUUGACUGUACAAACUUUUCUAAAUCAAAUACAUUUAAUUCAACUCCAUGCAGUCCGACAAAAGAAAAAUUAGGUUUCAUUGAAGUUUCUAAAUUGCAUAAAUGUAAUCCUAGCGAAGAUAAUACAUCUGAUAAAUCAAAUUAUUUUUUUUCUAAUUGCAAUCAUUCCACUUGUACUGACCGUGACCAAUUUGAAAAUAAAUUGAGUACAACAUGCAGGUGUGAUAAUGAAAAUAAAUUGAGUACAGCAUGCAAGUGUGAUAAUGAAAAUUUGCCAGCAAAACGUAACGGAUAUACCCGUACUCAAAACUAUAAAGGAAAUGAACAUUUAUUGUACAGUAAACGUAAUGGAUAUAGUUGCAAAGGAAGCAGUCCUAAUAUUGGUCCACGAUUUAAUAGGUGCGAUAAUACAAGUCGUCACACAGCAGACUCUUACAAUGGCAAUGUUUAUGAUAAAUGUUUUUCGUUUAAUAAUUCAGUGGUUAAUGGACGUGGAAGAGGGAAGCGAAAGGGAUUAAAGGACCUGUGUCUCUCUGAUCAUUCUAAUAUUUAUUGUAAAAAUUACAUCAAUGGGAAUGAUUACCAUACUUCAUUAAAAAAUGAUGGAUUUUCAUCAUUACGUAGUCCCGAUUUGUUUCAAGAUUCAACUGUAGACGAUGAGGGAGAGCUUCGUCUUUUAAAAAUGAUGGGGUGGAACUCAGAGGACUCUACUGGGAUUUCUGAAAAAGAUAUUCAAGAUUUUGUUGCAAACCGAUCAGAAGUGCAAACGCGUAGACAGGAGCUACGCGAUCAUUUGCGUGAUCAAUUUCAUAAACUCUCAGUAAAAUCUAUGCGCACGAUUCCCGUGUCUAUUAAUGGCGUUCAGCACCUUAUUUGAAAUAAUUCCUAAAUAUUUUUUUAAUGGGUUGCCUUGUAUAUGUUUUUUUUAUACUUAACGUCGACGCAUGCGGAUAAAUAAUUCUUUAACUGUUGCGAAAAAUUUCAUACUUCAUAUUUAAUUUUAUUUUCUCUCGUGAAUUUUGUUUAGCCUAUUUAAAUUUAAAUCCGAUCAAUUUUUUUUUUAAUUUUCGAAAUUGAUAGUGAAUAAAUUCAAAUUUAACGUAGUUUCGCGUCUAAAAGUUAUUCGUGCUUAGCAUAACAGAUUUUUUAAAUUUACAUUGCAAUGAAUUAAAUGAUUAGAUAGAAUGUCAAUUUGUGUAUAGAAUCAAAUUUUAGUGGAAUCCAUUUCACUUUUAUAAUUA